AUGCGCAGCGCGGCGUGGGCGGCCGCAGUCGCGGCCGCGGUGCUCGCAGGGGUCCUGGCGGUGGCUCUGGCGGUCCGCCAGGAGCCGGGCGACGGCAAGUUCCGCCCGCAGGCGUUCACGUUCGUCGUGGGGUCGGACCUCCACAUCGGCGUGAAGGGAUCCAAGGAAGAUGGGGACACGAACACGUACAAAAACGCGAAGAAGUUCGUCAAGUUCCUGAACAACUGGGACGAGAACAAGCUCAAGUGGCCGGAGGACCUCGGCGGCGACGACGUGCAGCGGCCCCAGGGUGUCAUUCUCACGGGGGACCUGGUCAACGACGGGGGGGAGCCGGAUCUCGUCAAGGGCCAGUGGGACAAGUACACGAAGCUGUUCGCGCCCAUCAAGGGCGACGCGAAGCUCGACUACGACGUGUACGAGGGCGCCGGGAACCACGACGGCGGCUCCGUGGAGCCUGACCUGCACAGCAUGCAUCCGGACGAGUCGGACGUGCCGCGGCAGGCGAUCGUGGCGAACAACGCCAACCGCGCGCAGCGUGUGCACACGUCGCGCAACGGGCUGCACUACUCGUGGGACUGGGGCCCGAUCCACUUCGUGAUGCUCAACCUCUACCCCGGGAAACAGCGCUCCGAGGACCUCGAGGACACGGACGAAAUGAGCAACAUGGAGCCCGACCAUGCACUGGAGUUCCUGAAGCGCGACUUGCGGGACCACAUGGGCGACGUGAUGUGGAACGGGCGCAUCCUGCACCGCCAUGCCGUCCUCCUGCACCACCUCGGCGUCGACCACCACUCCCGCGAGCGCUGGACGGACGAAGAGCGCGCCGAAUACGCCGACGUGAUCAAGAAGUACAACGUCAUGGCCAUCUUCCACGGCCACGACCACGAGCCGAAGUUCUACGAGUGGGAGGGCGUCAACGUGUUCAACGGGCCCAGCGUGUCGCUCGACGACGAGCACUUCCCCAAGGUCGAGGGCCGGAAGCACCACUACCAGUUCCUCGUCGCGUCCGUCGAAGUCCGGGACCCGUACCACUUCCACACGAACUGGGGCAAGAUCCGGUUCAGGGUCGCGGAGUGGUCGACGCUGCACGGGAAGAAGGGCGACGGGUCAGACGGGGACUGGGGACUCACGUUUAUACAGGAGGUGGUGCCUUCGCCUGACGUGGCGGGCCGGGGGGGUGUCUCGGCGUGGGUGGCGCGCGGCUACCAGUACCUGCGGUCUCUCGUGCCUGGCCGGAAGGCGUGA